UAAGUUAUAGACAACAAAAAAACACUCAAACACAUGUUAUUAUUAUUCUUUGCCAGCCUUCUAAAACAACUAAACUAUCUGUGGGCGGUAAAAUAACAAUGCAUGUGGUUGUGGUAGUAUACACAUUAAUCAAAUCCCUCAUCUUCUUAUCUUAAUCCUUUAAAAUCUUCAUACAGAUUUCUUUUCAUUAUUUUAAUCCAUUAACCAAAGUUUCUUUAUUUCCUUCCUCGUUGUCUACUUAUCAGAACAUUACUUUAAUCCCUCAAAACUUGCUUAGUCCGUAACUCAAAGCUAGAUCCAAACUUUAGUUUUAUUCUCUUUCUCUCUCCCUCUCUUUCUCUCCAUCUUUUAUUUCCCCUCCAUUUCUAAGCUCACUGAAAACAAAAAAAAAAAUAAAAGUUAGAAACUUAGCACAAUGGGUAUGGUGAGAGAGUCACAGUUCCAUGUUUUGGCUGUUGAUGAUAGUCACUUGGAUCGGAAAAUGAUAGAGAGAUUGCUGCAAAAGUCUUCAUGUCAAGUAACUACAGUUGAUUCCGGCUCCAAAGCUCUAGAGUUUCUAGGUUUGAGAGAAAGUAACGACCAAAAUGCACUCGAAACUCAUCAGGAAGUUGAAAUAAAUCUCAUAAUCACAGACUACUGUAUGCCUGGCAUGACUGGUUACGAUUUGCUCAAGAAAGUUAAAGAAUCAGUAGCGUUUAGAAGCAUUCCUGUAGUAAUAAUGUCAUCAGAGAACGUUCCUGCUAGAAUCUCCAGAUGUCUGGAAGAAGGAGCUGAAGAGUUUUUCUUGAAGCCAGUAAAGUUGGCUGAUGUUACCAAGUUGAAACCUCACAUGAUGAAAACCAAGUUGAAGAAAGAAGGUGAGAAACCAUCAGAAGAAGAGAAUGCAACUUUGAAACCUGAAGAAUCAUUGGUGGUUGAAAUGAUCUUGCCUCUGAAUCAAGAACUUGAGUUGGAACAAAAAGAACCAAUGUUGAGUAGUAAUAAGAGGAAAGCAAUGGAAGAAGUGAUAUCUGCUGACCGGUCACGUCCUAAAUACAAUGACAUCACAACCUCGGUCUGACCCGUUCGGUGUCCUCAAUGCUUCAGAGUUUCUUUGCAUAGGAAUGCUUCUUCUGGUAAAUACAGAGAGAAUGAAGAUGGAAGAUAAAUGUAGAUGAUGGUAAUGGUAACAGUUGUUACUUGUAUUUCAUUAUAUGAAAAAUCAGCAGAUUCUCAGUUUUGAUACUUGUUAGUUUCCUGGUUUAAAACAAUCUCAAGAGUAAAUAAAAUCUACUUACUUUCUUGUUUA